AUGUAAACAUUUGGAAAAAGCAAUAUUUAAAAUAGUAUUUCCACCUCAAAAAAUGCUCAAACUAAAGGUCCUGUCAAAAUGACUCCUAGCUAAUUGGUGCAAAGACAACUAAGCGGAAACAUCUUGGAGGAUUUCUAUUAGAAACCAUAAAUAAAGAAGUUUUUGAAUUUAGCUGACUACUCCAAUUACAAGGAUACAAAUGUACCAAUAGAUGAGCCACUCUUUGAGCCCAUCCCUCCUCUCAUAUAAUUUACUGAUUAUGAGCCUCUUUAGCUUAAAGAAAAAAUAUUUAAAUUAAGAAAUAAAGAUAAAGUUGUUCGCAGAGUCAAAAUUCUUUAGCCAGAUUCUCGUUUGUUUUAGGUCUAACCAGCUCCCUCUAAUGCCUCUAGUAAAAAGUCAAAUGAAGCUGGAAAAAAUUAUUUAGGGAACAAAAUAGCACCAGGAAUGGAAGCAUGCUUUAUUAUUAAAUUUUCUCCUGAAGCUAAGAUUGAUUAUUAAUAUGAAUUGGUAGUUGUUACAGAAAGAGAAUAAUUUAUUGUUCCUAUUUAUGCUAUAGGAAAGAGAGCCAUGAUCGACUUUCCUGAUAUUUUAGAUUUUGGUUAAUGCCCAGUCAAAUAUGUAACCGAAAAACCUAUUAUUAUUAGAAAUUUGGGUGAAAAGACAACCAAGUGGUUCUUGACUUUACCUUAAGAUUUUGAAGCAGACAAGAAAGAAGGUGUUUUAGAAUACGGCAAAAACGAAUAAAUUGUCAUUAAAUUUUAUCCCAAAGAAGCCAAACCAUACAAGAGUGAGGCAAUCUUGAUGUAUGAUAAAUUAUAAGCAUAUAUUCCUAUCCUAGGUUCAGCAUAAAAUCAUGUUGUAUAUCUUUCUAAGAGUUUUGUUUAGAUGGACGAAGCAUAUAUUGGAUUACAAACUUAACAAACAUUAUAAAUUAUAAAUAAAUCUGCUGUGAAGGUCGACUUUGAAUGGAGAGCUUUCUCAACUGAAAAAGAAGAACAAGAAAAGAAAAAUAGACUUAAGCAGCAACUUGAAGAAGAAGAAGCUGAAGAAAGAAUGCUUCUUAAAGAAAUUGUCAACAAUGAAGCCAUUAAUGAAGAUUUUGAAAUAGAAAACAAUGAUGAUUCUGAUGAAGAAGAUCGUGACGAAAAAGCUAUUUUAUUAAAAAGAUAAAAGAAAGCAGAGCUAAUGUUGUCUCGUAAGUAUAAAGACAUUCGCAAAGCUAUUGAAGAUGAUUUAUUAUUAUUUUAAGAUGAUAUCUUUUCUAUAGAGCCUAUUUAGGGUUAAAUCUGGCCUAAUUCAGAAAUGACUAUCACAUUAACAUUUUAACCUAAGGGAGCUCACAGUUACACUUGUCCAGCAUUUUGUAACAUUUCUUGUAAUUAAGAUAGACUUGCUCUUACACUUUAAGGUGAUGGUAUUGGUCCUAAAGCCUUCUUAAAUCAAAAUGAAAUCAAUUUAGGAGAUCCUUUCGUUAAUGAAGAAGUUCGCCCAACUAUUGUUAUUGAAAAUUAAGGUGAAAUUGAGUGUAAAUUCGAACUUAUGCCUAAUGAGCGUCACUUUGGAAAAAUGUUUAAGUUCUUCCCUGAAAGCGGAACUCUUAAGGUAGGUGAAAGAAAAGAAAUCAAGGUAGAGUUUAGUUCAUCAAAGCCUGGUGAAUUUAAAGAAACUUUUAGAUGGCGUUUGGAAGGCUCUGUAGAUUUUCUAUCUGUCUUAUUUAUAGGCCAUAUAAGAGCUCCUUAGUUUGAAUUUGAUAGGGAAGUAAUUGAUUUUGGCAAAGUCUCAUUCAAUUUCCCUCAAGAAGAAAAACUCAAACUAACUAACAAAUCCACAGUUCCUUUUGAUUAUAAUUUAAGAAUUCCUGGAGACGGUAAAAUGAAAGAUAAGGAAUUUGCUAUUGACAGAGCUAAUGGAACUAUUCAAGCUGGUGAGACCAUUGAAAUUACUAUUGAGUUUACUCCUCGUUACACUAAAAAGUAUGAAAUGGUACUAACUAUUGAUAUUGAAGGAGUUGCACAAGAUAUGAAAUGCUUAACUAUUAAGGCAGAAUCAGAAGUACCUUAAGUAGAAAUAAAGCCUGCUGACAGAUUGGACUUCAAUGAAAUUUUCUUAAGACACAAAGAUAUUUAAGGAAUCUAACUUAUAAACAAUUCAAAAUUACGUGCAAAGUUCGAAGUACAAGAAUAAAAGAAGGAAAGUAUGGUGCUUGCAAAAUACGAAGUUGAACCUUAAACAGGUAUUAUCGAACCUGGUAACACAACCACUAUUUAAGUUAAGCUCUUCACAAAUAAGUUAGGUGAUAUUACUCUUCCUCUUGGUAUUGUUAUUGUUGGUAGUAAUAACAACUUGCCACAUAUAAUUAACAUUGUAGCAAGCUCUAUUGGACCUAUUGUCGAUGUUGGCGGUAAUUUAAAAGAAUUAGAUUUUGGUUAAGUUGAAGUAUUGUAGGAUUAUUCUUAAAAAAUUACAAUUACAAAUAAAUCAAAGAUCGAAGCUGAUUUUAGAGCUUUUACUAAGAAUAAGGUAUCCAUUUUCAAGCCAAUUCAGAAACAUGGGUUGUUGAAGCCUUCUGAAUCUAUGGAAGUUGAAGUUGUGUGCUGUGCUGAUGAUGCUACUAAAUUUUAAGAUGUACUUCACUUUGUUAUCAAGGAAGGUUUGGAUAUUGAUAUUGUUCUAAAAGCUAAAGGUGUUGGUAGUACUAUCUUCUGUAAAGAAGAUUUGACUUAUAUUGAUUUCUAAACUCUUUACACUCAUAAACCUAAAACAAGAGAAAUAUUUGUUGAGAAUAAAGGCAGAAAGCCUUAAAAAUUAACUUGGUAGAGGAAGCAAGAGAAAAAGAAAUAACAAGCUAUUGAUGAAAAAGCUACUACUAAGAAAGACAAUGCAGCUGCUGGAGCUAACAACAACUCUCAAUAGAAUGAAGAUGCUGAUAUUUUUAGCGUUGUACCUGAAAGUGUAGUCCUUCCUCCAAAGCAUGGUAUUAUGUUCUAAUUCCGUGCUUUCUCAACUAAACCAGGCAAGCACCCUGAGUAAUUCAUCUUAAAUAGUGUUAUAGGCAAUGAGCGUAAAACACAUCAAUUAUACACUACAACUGUUGAUGGUGAGUUCAUCAAGCCCACUCUUAAAUUUAGCGAAAAGAAACUCUACUUCAAGUACACUUGGGAAAAGAAUGUACCUUUUAUGCCUAUAUCUAAGAACUUAGAAAUUACCAGCACUUCUGCUUUGCCAACAAAUUUCAUGUUAAAAUAUAAUCCUCCUUUUUCAAUCAACUAAGAAAGCUUCUAGCUUUUAUAUGGAGAAGUUGCAACUGUCAAAGUUGAUUUUGAUCCUGGUUAGAAGUUAGAUAGAGUUUCUGGAGAGUAACUUGGUAAAUUAUAAAUCAUUCACACUGAACAUCCUCAUAGAGAAACAAUUGAUUUGGUAGGAGAAGUUUGCUUCCCAAAUAUUAAAUUAGAACAAACUACAAUUAAUUUUGGAUCUAUCCUUAAUGAGACAUCUAAGAAGAUUAUCAUCACCAUGACUAAUGUUUCAGAAAUGGGAUUAAAUUAUGAAUGGACUUUCUUAGAAGAAGAACUGGUAGCUCAUGGGCAAUAAGGAGAUGUUAAUCGCUCUGGUUCUAUCGCAAGCAGAGAUUCUAAGAGAUCAAUCGUACCUGGAUCAACCACAAAUGCUACUUACAUGAUUCCAAUCAAUGAAGUUUUUGAUAUCUUGCCUCUUUCUGGUUAUCUUGAGCCUGGUGAGAUUGAAUAAGUUGAAUUUGUUUACAAUGCAUUUGGUGGAUAAAAAUUCAAAACUACUGCUGUUUGCCAUGUAGAUGGAGGUCCUAAUUAUGAGGUUGUCCUUGUUGGUGAUUCUUCUUUAAUCACUUAUAAGAUUUCCACUCAAAGCAUCGAUCUAGGAGAAUUGAGAUUCUGUGAUUGGGUUGCUAGAGAUUUCUACAUUGAAAAUACUGGAAAAGUUACAUUUGAAUAUAAAAUCAUCCUAGAUUAAGUAAAAAGAAAGGGCUAUGUUGAUUGCUUCCCACAACAAGGACGUAUUCUUGGAGGUGAAAAAUAAAAAAUAACAAUCAAGAUAUGUCCAGUUAUGCCUAAUGAGUUUAAAGAAGUUAUUCAAGUCUAAAUUGGAUAUUUUGAACCUGAAUCUAUCACAAUUUAAGGAAAAGGAUUUUACCCUGCAAUCCUUGCUAAUUUAGAUAGAAUUGAUAUCCCUGAAUACAAAGCUAAAUUUGAUGAAGAAUUCGAAAAGAAAAAGAAUGAACGUGAAGCUCAAUUAAAAAGAGCACAGCUGAUAGCUAAGGCUGCUGACAAAAGUCCUGGAGCUUAAUAAAAUAAUGCUUUUGCAUCUAUAAAGAGCUUAGAACAAAUUUAAAAUGACAUCUAGAAAGAAUUGGAUAGAUAAUUAUUCUGUAAUUUGAUUUAAUAAGAAUUAGAAGAAAGAGAAAGAGCUUAGACUAUGAUUUUGAAUUCUCAAGAUGAUGAAAAUAUUUUAGCAGGAGCUGGAGUCUAAUCUUAACCAAAUAUCAUGAUGAAGACAGGAAUGCAUUCUAUGAACUAAACAUAAACUAGUAAAAUGCAUAUAGGAAUUGAAAGUAAACUUUAUGAGAAAAUAGUUCUUUCAAGCUUCAUUUGUGAUUUUGGUAACGUCGUCAUUAACUCAGUUAAGCAGAAGACCAUUAGAAUUGUUAAUGCUGGUCCAUCUUAAAUUGAAAUGAGUUUAGACACAAGAAAUGCUCGUGCUGCUGGCUACACUCUUCCUGAACGCCCUCCAAAGAUUCUUCCUAAUUCCGAUUUAAUAAUUAAAAUAAGCUACACUGCAAAAAAUAAAAUGAAAUAUGGUAAAAACAAGUGUAUAGUUCCAAUAGAAAUUAAAAACGGUGCAAAAUAUAAUCUUGAAUUAGUUUCAAACAUUACUAUCCCUGAAAUUACUCUCGAAAAUAUUGAAGAUUGUGUUGAUUUUGGUAAAGUUUUAUGCGGUCAAAGAAAAACUUUCUUCGUUAGAUUUAUAAAUGAUAAGGAAAUUCCUUGCUAAUGGGCCCUCAAUACUCGUAUUGAUAUGGUCUAAGAUAAGAAAAAAGAAGAUUUGAAAUUUACCAUUACUCCAAAUAGUGGUAUUAUUCCUAGUGGCUCUAAGUAGCUUGUUUAAAUUACUUUUAGUCCAACUCAAGAAAAGCUCUAUCAACAUAAAUUUUCAAUUAACAUAUAAGAAAAUCACAAGCCUUUCCAUAUUCAAGUAAAAGGAAAUGGAACUUAAAUAAAUUUAGAAUUUAAUCCCUCUGCUCUUAAUAUUGGUCCAGUUCUCCCAUAUGAUCCUUUUGCUCAUGCUGUAUUGGAAGUAACUAAUCCUUCUUCAUAUCCAACUGAAUUAUACAGCUGUGAUUUUGAUAAAUUAUAUCUCAACGAAGAAGAAACUCUAGCAUCUUAUGAUGAAUUUGAUGUUUAAGAAUAACUUUUCGUAUAGGUCCGCGAGCCAGGUAGCCAACUAUGGGAUUUCAUCAAAAAAUCUGUAGAGAAAAAGAAAAAGCGUGAAGAAAUUGCAGCUAAAUUAUAAAAGCAUACUUUAGCUAUAACUGCUUAGUAAGAUUAUGAUGCUAAAGUGUAGUAAGCUGCUAUAGAUGCUAAAGAAUAAAACAAGGCUUAGCCUGAUCCAGUAGAAAAGCCAGCUAUCCUUUAAGAAAAGGCUAUUCUUAAUCCUGAUGAAAAAGCUGAAUUAGAAAAAUAAUUAGAAGCUUUAUCCUAAAUAGAAAAACCUAUUGAAUACCCAGAAAAGGUUGAUGAUGAUAAGUUGCAUCACAUCAUAGUUUUAGGUCAUCCUGGAUCUGGUAAAACAUCAGUCGUUAAAUAUAUAGCAUAAUAACACAAGAGAUACGUUGCUACUAUUGAUGAAGCUGUUGAUUGGGCAAUAUAAAAUUAGACAAGUGGUGGUAAAAAGGCUAAAGAAUAUCUUGAUUUAAAGCAAUAAGAAUUGGAUAAAAUUAUAGAAGAAAGAGAAAAGCUAAAAAAGAAGGCUGGUAAAAAAGCUCCUGAACUAGAUGCAAAAUGGGGACCUAUUAAUGAAAAUCAAUUCAAGUAUUUAACUGAAGAAAUAAUUGAGGAAUGCCUUAGAGAUAAAAUGAAAAACCCUGUUUGUAAUGCUGGUUUAAUAUUUGAUGGUAUUGAUUCUAAAUAUGCAUUUAAUCAUUUGAUGGCCAUGAAGUCUAUAAUGCGUGCUGUUGAUAAAUAAACUUUACAAUUAGUUGUCUUCUAACCAUAAGUAGAUGAAGAUGGUUGCGAAGUUUGGAAAUUGAUUGAAUGGGAAGGUAUGGAAGAAAUUGUUAAGCAAGAAGAAGAGCUUAUGCGUUAGAAGAGUCCAGGUGAGCACAAAGGAAAGAAAAAGAAAGGUGGUAUUUAAGGAUCUCCAAAGGGAUAAGGUACUACCACAUCUGUUGCUGCUGCUAACACUGCCAGAAAAGAAGGAGAAGGCAAUCCUAAAGGUCCUAGCAGUUUUAGCUCUGCUGUACGCAAAGACACUACUUCACUUAAGAAAGAUGACAAAACAACUAUUGUUUCUGAAAAAACAAAAACAACAUAGCAAGGUGCUUCAGCUGCAUAGAAUCCUAAGUAAAAAGAUGGAUCAGUGAAAAGUCAAUCAAUUAAAAGAGCAAGCUUUAAUCGUAGACAAAGCAAGAUGGAUGCAGUUAAUGAAGAAGCAUAAGUUGCAGAUGAACCUGCUCUUUUUGAAAUUUUUUAUCCUAAAGACUAUGAAGAUGGUAUUAAAAAAGAAGCUGAGUUAAAAAAAUUAAGCUAAAUCAUUGCUAUAAUGAAAAAUGAAUAUACAGAAAAGAUUGAAAUUCCUCCUAUUUUCGACCCUGUAAUGGAUGAGGGUAAAAAAGAAGAAAAGAAACCACCACCUAAAAAGGAUGCUAAGGGUAAAAUUAUUGUAGAAGAGGAACCUGAACCUGUUUUACCUCAACCAAUUGAUUACAGUGACGUAUUAAUGAGAGGUCCUCGUAGUGUUUCAGUAAUGCCACUUCAUUACAAUAUUUCAUAAUUAUACAGAACUUCUCUAGAAGUAAUACCUGCUCCAGUUUACCCUGAUCCAAAUACACUUCCUGUUCCAGAACCUAUUUAUCAUUAAAUAUUAACUAGACCUUAAAGAAAUAUUGCUCGUAAAAGAUAAGAAAUAGCUGCAAGCGCAAUUAUUAAAAAUUUUGAAAUAUUAACUCCUCUUAAUAAUCCUUUUAAGCCAGAACCUGCUGUAAAUUUAGAAGCUUCUCAAUUGCUUAAUAGCUCUUAAGUGCAAGAAUAGUAACCACCAGCUGAAAAUGCAGAAGAAAAUGCUGAAAAAUAACCAUAAGAGUAACCUAAAAAUUAAGAUGAUAAAGACUAAGGUAUGAAGAAGAGUUUAGUCAUUAAAAGAGCACAAAAACCUGCUUCAUAAUCUGUUAGUAUUUCUAAAGCUAAGCCAUCAAAUCCUGCUAAAAAACUUGAAUAAUCUGCAGUUAUGAAUGGUUCAUAAGAAGCUGAAGGCGAAUCUGCUGAGCCAUAAAAACCCAAAUACGAGUUUAAAUUAGAAGAACUAGCUAAUAACUAAUCUAGAUGGAUUAUUCCUCCUAACAAGACUUUGCUAUUAGUUGUUCGUUUCUUCACUAAAAAGACUGGAAAUUAUGAAGGUAAGUUAGAAUUUGAAAACUUCUUUAGCUCAAAGAAAUACACAAUUGAUGUUAAAGGUCAUUCAGAUUUCCCAACAAUUUCAACCUUAACUAAAAAUCUUUACUGGUAAUUCAAAAAGAGUAGACCUCCUAUUGCUCCUGAUAGCUAUUUGUCUAAGGUUUUCAUCCAAUCUGAAAAUGUUUUUGAAUUCGGUCCCCUCUUGAUAGGUAAAAAUCCUGAUAAAAGAACUGAUGCUGACAUUCGUAAAGUUAACUCAACUACUUUCCGUAUUACAAAUAAUGGUAAAUACGAUGCAAAUAUUGAAUUUGCUCUUCUUUCUACAAUUAAAGAGAAUGAUCCAGAAUACAAGAAAGGUAUUUUCUACAUUGAACCAGAAACUAUGAAAAUAUCUCCAUCCGAUAUUCCUCAAGAAUUAAGAGUUUGGGCUAUUCCUAAUGCUGCUCAAAAAUUCAGAGACGAGAUUGUUGUCAUGAUAAAAGACAAUCCUACUCCUGCUAUUUUACCAGUCUAGUGCCUGGGUUCAAAGCCUAUUGUUGACAUAGAAGAAGGUGAGCCUGUUAAAUUUGAUAGAUUAUUGCUCAAGUAAAAUGCAAGAAAAGAAAUCAGAAUCAAGAAUAAUGGUUAGAUACCAUGCAGAUGGAAAAUUACUGGUUAAUAAAACUUACCUGAAGAGUUUUCUCUUUUGAAUACAGAAGGAGAACUUAAACCAACUCAAGACUCUACAAUUUAUGUUAGCUUCAAGGCAAUUAAACAAUAGAAAUUCUCUUACUAGAUUUAACUAGAAGUUGAAGAUGUUGAAGGUCUCGGUAUCAAAUAAGAAACUAAAAACAUCCUCAUCGAGGCUGAAGCCUUUGACAUCACCGUAGAACUUAAAUUCCCAGAAAACAACCAAGAAAACAUGCUUGAUUUCGGUGCUGUGCGUGUGGGAGACAUCAAAGACUAGUACUUUAGUGUUAAGAAUAUUGGUUUGUAUCAAGUUUAAUUCACUUUCUCAAUGAAGAAAAAACAAUUUAAAGAUAAUUUCAAAAUAGAACCGGUUAAGGUUGAGUUAGAUCCUAAUUAAGAAAAGUAAAUCUUAGUACGUUUCUGUUCUUAAAGAGAAAUAAGAUUAAAUACUACGAAUUCAACAACCGAUAUUACUAUGGAAAUUUUAGAAGGUAAGACUCUUGAGUUGUAUAAACCUGUUCCAAUUAAUGUUAGAGUCAAUUCUGUAUUUAGCAAAUAUUCAAUAUUGCCAUUAAAAAAUAUUAACUUCGGACCCAUUCAAUUCAAUGACACAAAAACUCUUACAUUUGAAAUCAAGAAUGAAGGUCUCUUUGAUUUUAAUUAUACUGUUUUUGAUUAUGCUGAUGAAGCAUUUAGAGCUGCUUUAAUGGAAGAACAAGCAAAGGAAAAAGAAGCACGCCUAUAAGCUGCAUUAGGAGCUGCAGACCAAAAAGAUAACAAAAAAGGUGCUCCUAAGAAAGAUGUGAAGCAAGACAAGAAGCCACCAGCUAAGGGAGGAAAAGGAAAAGAUGUUGUUGAGAAUCAACUAAAGGUUGGAUAGUGGGCAUUAACUCCUAAUAAAGGAACUGUUCCUAAAGACAGUUCUGUAACUAUUGAAAUUGAAUUUUCAGGAAAUUCUCAAAAAUUAUAUGAACAAAAAUUCGCUAUCGAUAUCACAGGCAGAGAUCCUGAAGACCAACCAAAAGGAAUCUUGUAUGAAACAGUUGGUGAAUCAUGCAUUCCUGGUAUUAAUUGUGAAAACUUUGAAUCCAUUUUUGAAGAAUAAAUUAUAGUACCUUCAAUGAAUGCAAACUCAAACAUCACCUCCAUGAUUAACUCUAAUGUAUUCUUCUAUGAAGAAAAAACAUUCUUCUUUGGUACUCUAGUUCCAUAAUAGCAUCCUGAUGGAAUCUUUGAAAAAUUCAAAAUUAUUAAUCCAAACAAGAUUCCUUGUACUGUUAAAUUUGAUGUAAGAAAGAGAAAUCCCACUUCCACUGAGCCUUUUGCAUUUGAAAUAGCUCAAAAAACUGCAAAGAUUCAUCCUCAUGAGCACACAUACGUAAAGAUAUUCUUCAAGCCAACUAUUAUGGCUCAAUACAGUGGAAUUUUCGAAGCAAUCGUUGAAAAUGGUGAGUAAAACCCAAAGACAUAUAAACUCAUAUUUGAUUUGAGAGGUGAAGGAGCUAUGCCAACAAUUAAAUUAGAAAAGCCUAAAGAAUGGUUCAACGAAUCAACUCCUCUCCUCAAAUUCCCUAAGGUGAGAAUAGACAAAGCUUGUGUCUUACCUAUUACUUUAAAAAAUGAUGGACAAGUUCCAGCUACUGUUAAAUGGGAUCUAAUAACAAAUGAAAACUUCAGAUUCCUUGAUCAAAACAGCUACACUUUAACUCCAAAAACAUACAAAACUUUCAAUAUUGAAUUCAAACCUAGGGAAGCUGGUAUUAAACAAUGGUAAAUAGCUAUGCAAACUCUUCUCAACCCUUAUGAGGUCACCAAGUUUAUGAUUUAGGGAGAAGGUUUCUAUGAAGAUAUUGUAUUUGAAAGUCUUCCAGAUGAAGCUGAAGAUGAAGUCAACCUUGGAGAUUGCAUAACAGGCUAAGAGAGAAAGAUAGGUUUCUAUAUCAAGAACAACAAGAAUGAAACUAUCAAAUUCAAUUGGAAUACUUAAGGCUGUGAAGAUUUUUCUUUCUGCCCUCGUAUUGGUCAUCUUGCAGGACACACAUCUAAAUAUAUUUAAAUGACUUUCAAAGGAUCAAAGCCAACUACACACAAGAAUUUUGGUUGCAUUUUAGAAACUCGUUAAAUCAAAUAAUCAAACACAGAUGCCUCUCAUCCUUAUAUUGAUUGGGAUGACUCAAUGAAGAACAUCAAGUAUGUCACAAAAACUGAAUAUGACUGGUUGAUUAAAAAGAAAGCUGAGGAAGAGUAAAAACGUAGAGAAGAAGAAGCUGCUGCAGCUGAUCCUAAAAAGAAAGCAGCAGCAAAGAAAGAUCCUAAGAAAAAAGCUGAAGAACCAAAAGUAGAAUAACCACCUCCAUCACAACCUGGUGAGCGUGCUGACAUUCCCUACGAUGAACCAGUUCUUGAACCUGAAAAUACUAUUGUUGAUAAGACAGAGAAAAAUGUAACACUUAAAGUCUCAGCUAUUUCAGAUUAUGCAAAAUAUGAAGUUGAUACAAGAGAAAUUUUCUUCAAACCCACCCUAAUGUACACUUCCCGUACUCAUAAUUUCAAAGUUAAAAAUACCUCAUUAAUUAAUAUUAAAUACUCUUGCAAGAUUAUUUCUUAUUAAGAUAAUAUGCCUAUUAUUGAUCCUGGAUUCUUUUACAUAGCACCAAAAUCAGGUUCUAUUGCUCCUAAUUGUGAUGAGUAAUUUACAGUUAGAUUCUCUCCCACUGAAGUAGAAGAAACAAAUGAAAGAUUCCUAGUUAUUACAAUUGAUAAUAUGGAAAAAGGAACCUAACCUCUUGUUAUUGAAUUGGAAGGUGAAGCUGAAAGACCUGUUUGCCACUUUGAAUUAUAACCAAGCAAAUACCGUGAAAAGAAAAAACCUGAAUUAGAUUCAUCUUAUAAUGUGAUCGAAUUUGAGUCUUUAGGAACUAAAGUAAAGAAUACAAAGAAAUUCUAUGUGGUUAAUCCUACUGCAGUUGGUUAUGAAUUUGAAUGGAAGAAGAUUGAAGAAGACAAAUUACCUGCUGGUGCCAAUAUUUAAAAUGAUAGCUUCUUUAAAUGCACUACUGUUAAGGGAGUGGUACUAAGUGGUAAAAAGUAUGAAAUGUGCUUUGAGUAUACUCCUGAUGUUGUUGGAACUCAUGAAUCUUACUGGCAAUUUGAAAUUCCUUCAUAAAAAAUAGUUCAAAACUUCUUAGUUGCUGGUUCUGUUAUGGAGCCAAACGUAUUCUUCGAUGUUGGUAAAGUUAACUUUGGUCCUCUGCUAUUGGGAGGUAAGAAUAAGGAAAUAGUUCAUUUGAAGAACUUGGAAGACGUUCCCAUGACAUUUAACUUUGAGCGUGAAAGUGUGAAAGGAGAUGUAGAGUAUGCUGAUUCAUUAUAGGUUAAUCCUGUUAGUGGAACUAUUAAGCCUUAGUCUGAAAUUGCUAUAGAAAUAGUUUUUAUUCCUAAGGUAGAAACUUCUUUCAAUUACAAUUUACUUUGCAAUGUAAAACGUAAAUCACGUCCAGUUUCUCUUAACGUGAAAGGUAUUGGAUACAUUUUGCAUCAUUCUGUUAACAUGUAACAAGCUCCAACUACUCCUCUUGAUCCUUUAGUUUCUCAUUUAUUAGAGUUAGGAGAUAUUUACGUCAAUGAAAGACGUUCAAAGAUAAUCGAAAUCGUUAAUUCAGGUGAAUUCAACUUUGACUUCGCUGUUAAGAAAUCUCAAUAGCACCUCUCUUUCGUUCAAAUCCUUCCUGAAAACGGUACUGUUAAGUAGAACGAAAAAUUCUCGAUUGAAGUUCGUUUCGCUCCUCUCUCAGAAACAAAAUUAACUUCUAAAUAAUCUUUCACUCUAAAUAUCACAAGUGGACCAACUUAUACAUUUUAAUUAAAGGGUAGUGCUAAGAAACCUGGAGUAGAAUUAUCUUUCUUGCAGUAUGACUUUGGUCCAUAAUAUGUCCUUAAAUAACCUUUACCCAUAACAGCUUUCUUGGAAAUGAGAAACAGGGAUAUCUCAGCUAUGUCUAUCGAGACUUCAUACGAAAAGACUAAUUAUCUUGAUGUAAACUUACCACCUGGAUAGGUUAUUUUACCACUUUAAAUUGAAACUACUAAAGACAAGAAGGGAUUAUUCUAAACUAAAGAAAACAAUGUACUAAAGAUUCCUAUUGUAUUCAUCCCUCGUGAAAGCCGCAAGUAUGAAGAAACUAUCACUUUUGAUAUAAAUGGACUUCAUAAGAUUGAUGUUAAGAUUAGCGGUGAAGGUAUUCCUUUCAAGCUAGAAUUGGAAAGAACUGAAGAUCAAAAUAUUGAUUUUGGAAUUGUUAAGGUAAACAAUGAAAGCACUAAAACUGUUACUCUUCUCAAUCUAUCUAAAAAACCUGUUACAAUUACAUUUGAUACUGAUGAAUAGCUUAAUGAACUUGCAAAGAAUUACAUUUCAGUUAUUCCUUCUAAUUCAUUCUAAAUACUCCCUAAAGAACGCAAAGAAAUUGAACUUAAUUUCAGUCCUAAAUCACGUCUCCAUGCAUUUAGGAAAGAAUUACUAUACAAGAUAGUUGAUAACCAAGAAAAACGCAAACUUCUCAACUUAGUUGGCACUUGUCAUGGAGUAGAACUUAAAUUAAUGGAAGAUACUAUUGGUUUUGGUGUUGUAGUUAUUCACUCUAAGAAAACAAAAUCUCUACAAUUAUCCAAUUUAGGUGAUAUUGGCGCUAAAUUUGAGUGGGAUUUCUAAUAUUGUAAGAAAUAUUUCACAAUUACUCCUGAGCGCGGUUUCUUGCCACCCCAUGAAGACUCCUUCUUCACUAUCACUUUCCACCCAGAUGUAGUUGAUGAUGAUAUCCGCUUUAAUAAGGUAAAAUGCGAAAUCGAAGGCUCUUCACCUCUCUACAUCAAUUUACUCGGUAAGUGUAUUGCAUAACCAAUUGAAUCAAUCUAAGACAUUAAAUUCACUACAAUGGUGCGUACAACAACAAAAUAGAAAGUAACAAUAAAGAACACCACUGCAGAACCCUGGCGUAUUAAGGUUUCAGUUACUUCAAGCUCUGCAAUUUCUUAAAAUUAUUUCUAUGGAAAAGAAAUGCUUGAAAUAGCUCCUAAUCAAUCUGCUGAUUAUGAAGUCUUCUACAAUCCUCUAACGAUGACUGCAGGUCCAGACCAACCAAAUAUAAAGCAAGCAAAUCAUGAAGGCACUCUUUUCUUCCCACUUCCUGAUGGUAACGCUCUUCUCUACAAUUUAUAUGGUACUUCAACUCCUCCAGCACCUGCAUAGUCUUUCGAUAUAACUACCAAAGCAAAGCGUGCUCACACUUAAAUCAUCCCAAUUAAUAACUGGCUCAAGGCAACUUAGAGAUUCUAAGUAACUUGGAGUAUAGAGCCAAACGAUUCUUCAUUAUUCAUUUCUGGUGCUAAUACAUUUGAUGUUGCUGGUGAAUCAACAAAAGACUAUAAACUCUCAAUAUACUCACUUAAGCAAUCAGCCUCCAAAAUCACUAUAACCUUCAAGAAUCCUAUAACAUUCGAAUUCGUCCAUUUCAAAAUAAAUCUAACUGUCUAAGCUCCUGAACAAUAAGAAAAGAUAGAAAUGUCUGCUAUUAUUCGUGAAACAGUAGCAAAACUUAUCACUGUUGUUAACCCUCUUUCAGUCCCAGUAGAUAUUAAAAAAGAAAUGCUUGUCUCUGCAAAUGACAAUAUCAGUUUCAACCCUAAUACUUUUACAAUUCCAGCUAACUCUGAAUUUGGUUUCGAAAUUGUAUAUCGUCCCUUACUUGUAAAAGAGGAGAACUCUGUGGUUACUCUCAACUCUCCAGAACUUGGAUAGUUUGUUUAUCCUUUAGUAUUGAAGGGAGUUGCACAAUCAACAAUAUAGCGUAACAUGACUCUUAAGGCAUCUCUUGGGUCUGAUAUCACUUAAACAUUUAAAUUCGUUAACUAUUGUAAGAAAUAAACUACAUACACUUGCAGAGUAGAUAAAUUAGGCAAAUAAAACCAACCACCUCCUGAUCCCAAAGCAAAACUUCCCCCAGUGCAAGUAGAUUUCUCUGUAGAAUAAGCUACUAUAGCUGCUCCUCCUGCAGAGUCCUAUGAUGGUAGUGAGUUAAGUCUUAAUGUUAAAUUUGAACCAUCACUAUUAGGCGAAUCUGUCGCUAUUUUAAUUAUAUAAAGUCCUGACGGAGGUGAAUAUAAUUGUAUGUUACAUGGUGUUUCUUCUCCUCCUCAACCAAAGGGUCCUUACAAAAUUGGUGGUGCUAAAUCAGCUCCUAUAGAUUUCAAGAAUCCCUUCUUCGAACCAUGUGAAUUUACAGUUCGUUUAGAUAAUCCUUGCUUCACCACCGCUGUUAAAAAUCCAGUUAAAAUAGAUGCAAAGAAACUACUUGGUAUUAAUGUGUAAUAUAAAGCUAUCCCUGGCUAAUCUUCAAACGGCAGACUCAUUAUUCAAACAGAUAAAUUCGACUAUCCUCCAUGGGUAUUCUAUUUGCAAGGUGAAUGA